AAAAACAUAAAAUUAUUUUUCUUAGACUCACGCAUUGCUUGUUAAUUUUCAACCUUGCUUAUUAUUAUUUUGUUUUAUUGUAUAUAUUUUAUUUUUACUUAUUCCGUUAUUAUUAUUCUCACAACUCAUCAGUAUGCCUUCAGUUUUCAAAACCAUCAUGGGAAAUAAACCCCAACUAAUCGCGACACUACUCGCAUUUCUAGCCAAUGCGUUUAUUGUCGUUACGACCGCCUUUUACUUUAUUCUGGACGGAAGAUCAACAAACCAAAAGCCAUCCACAUACUAUGUGACGUACAUUGCGCGUGUAAUCAACAUGAUAGCGGUUAUCAGCAACUUUAUAUCAAUUGUCAUGCACAAAAGGUCUCCCGCAAAGGACAUUAUGCUAUACACCGCACUGAAACACGGCGGUAUUGUUGUUUUGGCCGCGUGCAUACUCAUUUUUGACCCCAUGACAAAUAUCGCCCUGGAGAACAUGAAUGGCAUAGGCGAGCCCGCAAGGUCCCUGUUCAUCGCUGCUACAAUUUUUGCUGCGCUCUUCUUCGGAGUUAACUUGGUGUUUGUGUUUGUCAAACCAAAAGUUUCCAAAAUGAAAUAGCCCGAAUUCGGGUCGAACAUAGGUGUAUCACUGACAUGACUUGCAGACGUUCAACUUCAGCUUUUUUAUACAUUGCCUGUCCAUAUAAUUGCUUAAAAUAUAUAUCAGUUAUUUUUAAAUAGGCAAUACACCUCAGGUAAUUCAUCAUAGAUAUUUUCCAACCACACCAAUUAUUUAAGCAGAGUAUGCAUGCUAUUAUGAAAGUGUGGCUAAAAUCCAACACAUACUUCUAACUCGCUAAAUAAUACCUUGUCGAUCUUUAGAGGUGGCAAUUAUUUGGGUCACGCCCUAUUGCCUCUUGUGAGCUGCAUCAACCUGCCGUCUACUAUUUUUGCUUUUUUCGUUUUUCGGAAUUUAGCUUUGAAAAAUUAAAAAAAAUUAAAAAUUGCAACCGGUGCCAGCCAGCCAGUCAGCCCGCCACCCAGUACGCCCGCUUGUCAUCUUGCUCGCUUG